AUGACCCCCGGCCAGCCAAGCCCCCCCGAGCCGGGCAGGAGGGAGGUGCUGCGGCUGCUCCGCUCCGCCUGUGCCAAGGUGGCGGGUUCAGGUCUGCCACCACAGGCCGUCCCAGAGCUGCUGGGUGGGCUCUCCCUGUGGUCUGGGCCCCCCUGGCCCCCCGGGUACUGUGGCAGCUUGCGAGCACCCAUCUGCACCCUGCUCUUCGCCAGCCUCUACAUCCUUUGCCACUUCAUCAUAACCCACUUCAAGAAGCACACGGACUUUGCGGCAGUUCAUGAUGACGAGGAUGCUGCUGUCAACAGGAUUGCGCUGGGGCUGUGCACCUUCACCCUGGCCGUGGCGCUGGGCGCCGUGCUCCUGCUGCCCUUCUCCAUCAUCAGCAACGAGGGCAUCAUGGCCAGGGUGUACGAGACGUCGGUGGUGCUGCUGCUGCUGACGCUGCUGGUGCUGGGCAUGGUCUGGGUGGCCUCUGCCAUCGUCGGCAACGACGCGGCCAGCCGCCAGUCUCUCCACGACCUCUGGGAAUACUACCUGCCCUACCUCUACUCCUGCAUCUCGCUCUUCGGCGUGCUGCUUCUGCUGUUGUGCACCCCCUUCGGCCUCUCCACCAUGUUCACCGUCACGGGGAAGCUGCUGGUGAAACCCCGGCUCCUGGAAGACCUGGACGAGCAGUUGAGCUGCACGAGGCUCGAGGAAGCCGCCGUGUCCCGCAGGAUCUCCUCCGGCAAAGCUUCCUGCUGGCUGAACUUGAACGUGGAGCUGCUGCGGGAGCAGUUCUUCACCAUCCGGAGCAAGAGGCGGAAGCUGGAGCUGCGGCACCGAGCGUCGCCCUGGCAGAGGAACCUGGGCUACCCCUUGGCCAUGCUGGGCCUCCUGGUGCUGACGGGCAUCUCCGUGCUCAUCGUCUGCUUCCACGUCCUGGAGCUGCUGGUGGACGAUGCCGCGAUGCCGCGGGGCAUCCAGGACGCAUCCCUGGGCCAGGUCUCCUUCUCCAUCUUUGGUUCCUUCGGAGCUGCCCUGCAGGUCGUCCUCAUCUUCUACCUGAUGGUCUCCUCCGUCGUGGGCUUCUACAGCUCCCCCCUCUUCACCCGGCUGCUCCCCGAGCGGCAGGACACCCCCCUCUGCAAGAUCAUCGGGAACUGCGUCUCCUUGCUGGUGCUCAGCUCAGCCCUGCCCGUCUUCUCCAGGACGCUGGGGAUCACCCGUUUCGACCUCCUGGGGGACUUUGGCCGCUUCAACUGGCUGGGGAACUUCUACAUCGUCUUCCUCUACAACAUGGGCUUCGCGGGGCUCACCACCCUCUGCCUGGUGAAGAGGGUCUCCUGGGCCGUCCAGGCCGAGCUCAUCCGCGCCUUCG